CUAGAGGAGCAGGAAGCGCCAAUUGAGGGCGGGGCCAAGGACGCUUACCUGCUGACCCUGUGCGCUCAGGUAGAGGCGGCGGCUCCGGUCCCGGAGGUCCAGUGGGCAGCUCCCCAGGUAGGGCCCAACCCGGGCCUGAGAAGAGAGGCUGAACCUGAGGCUCAAAGAGGUGAAAGUGACUUGUCCAAGGCAACAACUAAUGUGGGGAUCGGCACCUGGAGAAGGGAGGCAGCUGCCCAGGAGUGCCACAGCUGGUCGGGGGGUGAGCCACAGCUAGACCCCACAUCUACCGGCAUACCUCCCAUCCUGAGACUGCUACCUGUGUUCAAAGGUGUUCCAGGGGUAAGCCUGGGGACCUGGGGGUCAGGCUGCAGAGCCUCCCCACAGAGGAAGGGGGACCAGGCCUUGGUCCCAGCACCGCUUCCCUUCGCCAGCCCCAGCCAUGAACUAUGUGGGGCAGCUGGCGGGGACGGUAUAUGAGACGAUGAAGGAGCUGUACCAGGGCCUGAACCCGGCCACGUUGAGCGGUGGGAUUGACGUGCUGGUGGUGAAGCAGGCGGACGGCUCCUUCCGCUGCUCGCCCUUCCAUGUGCGCUUCGGCAAGCUGGGCGUCCUGCGGUCGCGGGAGAAGGUGGUAGACAUCGAAAUCAACGGGGAGCCGGUGGACUUGCACAUGAAGCUGGGGGACAGCGGGGAGGCCUUCUUCGUCCAGGAACUGGAGAGUGAUGAGGAACAUGUGCCUCCCCGUCUGUGCACAUCACCCAUCCCGUGGGGAGGCCUGUCUGGGUUCCCCUCGGACUCCCAGCUGGGUACAGCCAGUGAAGCUGAGCCCAUCAUCAUGGGUGUGCCCUCCACGGGGCGGAAGAAGAGGCUCCGUAGGAGGAAACCCAGGCGGAAGGAGGACACGGUGGCAGCCGAUUCUAGUUCUGAGGAGCUGGAGGCAGGCGCUGAGAGCGAGCUGUCCCUGCUGGAAAAGCCAAGGCGAGAGUCCCCAGGGUGUGCAGGGACCAGUGUCCCAUCAGAAGGGGAGUCCUCGCCGCAGCCCAAAGACAUCUAUCCCUACUCCGACGGAGAGUGGUCCCCGCAGGCCAGCCCCUCGUCAGGUGGGCUAACAUCCCCUAAAAGUGACUCGGAGCUGGAGGUGCGGACCCCCGAGCCCAGCCCGCUGAGAGCUGAGGCCCACAUGCAGUGGGCCUGGGGAAGGCUGCCUAAGGUGGCCAAAGCUGAGUGGCCCGCAUUCUUGACGGUCCCUGAUGGCAGCACUGGGGCAGCCUCUGUGGCUGGCGUGGACCCUUCCGGAACCCUGCACACAGGGGCUGGCACUGACCUUCUUCAGCCUGACAUGGAGGUGCCUGCUCCGGCGGACCCCCCUCUUCCCAUCUCUGAGAGCGAGAAAACCAAGACUCAGAGGUCCAGGGAUGAGGGUCACCUUCCUGCCUUGAAAUCAUGGAGCUGGGCCUCUCUGGAGGGUCCAGCUCCCACCCAGCAGCCCGAGGAGUCCUCCAGGAGUAAAGGCUCCCUGAAGAGAAGCCAGCACCUGGGCCCCAGUGACAUCUACCUGGAUGACUUGCCCUCUCUGGACUCUGAGAAUGCAGCCCUUUACUUCCCCCAGAGUGACUGUGGGCUGGGGCCCAGGAGGUGGAGUGAACCCGGCAACCGCAAGCCCCUGGGGGACCCCAACCCCAAACAGAAGCUAGAACCCACUCCGGAUACAGUGGACACCAUAGUGCUCUCUCUCUGCGGUGGACUGGCUGACAGCCGGGACAUUUCCCGGGAGAAGUUCAACAAGCACAUCGUCUCCUACCAGGACCUCACCAAAAACCCUGGCCUCCUGGAAGACCAGAACCUGGUGGUGAAAAUCAAUGAAAAGCAUUAUAACUGGGCUGUAGCUGCCCCCAUGAUCCUCUCCCUGCAAGCCUUCCAAAAGAACUUGCCCAAGAGCACCGUGGACAAGCUGGAGAAGGAGAAGAUGCCCCGGAAGGGUGGGCGGUGGUGGUUUUCCUGGCGACGCAGGGAUUUCUCAGCCGAGGAGCGCAAUGCCCAGAGGGAGAAGACCCCAGCCGGGGAGCCAGUGGGGGACAAGACUGAUGUCCUGAGCAGCGAGGAUGACGCCCCAGACAGCCCUGUGAUCCUUGAGGCGUCCUCCCUGCCACCCUCACCUUCAGCCUACACUCCUACCUACAAGAAGUCCCUCCGCCUCUCCUCCGAUCAGAUCCGGCGGCUGAACCUGCAAGAAGGUGCCAAUGAUGUGGUCUUCAGUGUGACAACCCAGUACCAGGGCACCUGCCGCUGCAGGGCCACCAUCUACCUGUGGAAAUGGGACGACAAGGUGGUCAUCUCGGACAUCGAUGGCACCAUCACCAAGUCGGACACUCUGGGCCACAUUCUGCCCCAGCUGGGGAAAGACUGGACACACCAGGGCAUCACGAGUCUCUACCACAAAAUCCACCUAAAUGGGUACAAGUUCCUGUACUGCUCGGCACGGGCCAUCGGCAUGGCUGACCUCACCAAGGGGUACCUGCGGUGGGUGAGCGAGCGUGGCUGUGGCCUCCCCAAGGGCCCCAUCCUGCUGUCUCCCAGCAGCCUCUUCGCUGCCCUGCACAGGGAGGUGAUUGAGAAGAAGCCAGAGGUGUUCAAGAUCGCCUGCCUGAGCGACAUCCAGCAGCUCUUCCACGGCCAGCCCUUCUAUGCUGCCUUUGGGAACAGGCCCAACGAUAUCACUGCCUACCGACAGGUGGGCCUACCCGAAUCUCGCAUCUUCACAGUCAACCCCCGAGGAGAGCUCACCCAGGAGCCCAUGAAGAACCACAAAUCCACAUACGAGCGGCUCGGUGAGGUGGUUGAGCUCCUCUUCCCACCUGUGGCCCGUGGCCCCAGCGCAGAUCUGGCCAACCCUGAAUACAGCAACUUUUGCUAUUGGCGGGAGCCACUGACCUCUGUGGACCUUGAUGCCCUGGCCUGAACCGGUCCAGGCUGUGCCCUCCUCCGUGGCCUGGCCCAGAACUGACUAGGCAUCCCAGGGCAUAAGAGGGUUGGAGGCUGGGUGCCACAGGGCCAACCCAAUGGGGAGGAGGGGCGCUGUGGGCUGGUUGGCAGCCUCUCUCCUCCCAGUCCUGUUCUGUCUCCUGCCAGCUGAGCUGCAGAGGGGCGGGGCAGCUGCUCCAGGCCUCAUCAUGGCCCCGGCCGGUAGCCAUGAAAUGAUUGUCCCCUGGGCCCCAUCACCCUGAGACUUUGCCUCAACUCCUGAUUAGGACGGAGAGGAUAGAGAGGCCCCACGGAGGCUUGAGAGUUGGACGCACAGGCAAGGUUGGUGGCAGCCGUGGGGAGUACUUGAAUAGCAUCUGGGAAGAACACAGUGCUCCCCCGCCCCCUUCCGGGAGCCUGGACUGUCUGUGCCCUCUGAGGCCAGACCCUUACAUAGCCCCGGCCCCUUCCCACAGCCCUUGAGCCAGACAUCGCAGCACGUCCCAAGCCCAGAUGCUCCAGUGUCCUCUGACAUCAGGAAAGGGGGAGCCCAGGGCAGCGCAAGGACCGAGGGAGUGUGGCUUCCACUUGGCCUAACCUGCCCCCAGCAGCUGCUCCUGCUCCUCCCGGCACCUCCCCUGGGGACACAGCCCCAAACCCUGCCAGGCAGGUGGGGGUUGGUCUGCCCUCCCGUAGCCUUUGCUGGUCAGCUCAGUGCCAACACAGCUGCUGAGUGAGCUUUUGCACGAGGAGCUGUGGGAAGCAUCCCACGGCAGCCUUACCUCUCACCGUCUUCAGGGAAGAAAAGACCUUUAGAUGGGCUAGAAGCUUUAAUCCAGGUCUGCCCUUCCCCAGUAGCACCACAGAGGAGGGUCAGAUACCAAAUGUUGAGAAACCAGGAGGCAGGGCUACAUAGCACAGGAGGGCUUGUGCUGCUGUGGGGAAACUGAGGCCCGAGGAGACAGGCAUCAGGGUCUCUGGGAACUGUGCAGGCUGAACACGUGUUUUCAGGUUGUCCCUUCGUGGUGUCAUACCUGAACUUCUCAGGACUUUGUGAACUGGACAUCCAGGCGGGGCUGGGUUUACAGGGAUGGUGGAAACUGGGCCUGGAGCCCUCUCCCUCCAGCUGUGGCCUCUUGCCCAGGGUCCGACCUCAUUCAGGCCAUGACGGACAAGGAAGGCUGCUCUCUGGAGAGAGGCCCUAACCUGGGGGCAGAGAGGGGGAGAUUCUGCCCCCCUCCCCAAAUGGAAAGGAGAGGACUGUGUGCAAACCAGAGUACCCUCAAAACAUCUUUCGGGAAGAAUGUUUUGAGAUAAAUUAAAGUGGGGGUCUCUGAACAGACCACCUAGACCCAAUCCUCCUCAGGAAUCUACAGCUGCCUAAACCGUCACCUUGGGGGAGAAUCAGAAGGAAUAAAGAUAACUCUUGGCUGAGUCUUUGUGUUUCUCUUCCACCCUGAGGGACCUGUGGGGAGGUGGAAACCUCUGGUCCUUGGUUCAGAAACAGCAUCCGUGAAGCUGCAAGGUGUGAGGGCAGUGCCAGUGGGCACCACCUUCCUGCAGAAACCAAGCCCAGAAUCCUGGGGACAGGAGCUAAGGGGACAAAGGAACCAGAAGCCUCCGCGGGCUGGGGCCUGCUGCCCCGGAUGUGGACAGGCCACUGUCAAUGGCUCUGCAGGUCUUUGCACAGCUGCCAACUCGUGUGUCCCCAGAAGAGCAAUCUGCAGACUGGGUUGUGAAGUCUCUUAGGUCCAUCCUGGCCUGCAGGCACGACGUACUUGCCUUGACGGCUAUCCUGAGUUGUCCAGUUGGUGCAGCACUGAGCGUGGAUGAGCCUGGGGACAGUCGUGGAGCUGGACCAAGACUGUUCCUUCAAGGGCCUCUGGCAUCCGCGCUAGCCAGGGGUGGCUGGGAGGCAUGGUCUGAGC